GGUGUUUUUCCAUGAAGUCGACCACUGUGGACGAGGCAAGGACCCUUUUAGGAGCAUAUCCGUCUUUCUCAACUCAAGUGAAGCUGUCUUCACGUCUUUUAUUAGCCCACACUCCGGGCAGGCCGUUUGAGGUGUCAUGGACACCAGCCGAUACUUUCUUUCUUCCACUGGAGAGCUUGCCUUGUUGCGCCGCGAAGCUGUCAUAUCAUCAAUGCUCAUUGAGGCCAUCUUCAUGACUUCCACGGUCCACUCACACCUUGCCCAUGAUACGCAGACAGAAAACCCCGCAAAAAGGACGGCGGCCAAGGUGGGAAUGCGCGAGAGAGGCAAGGACGGCCAAGAUGAUGAAGGUGUUGUGUCGUUGUCCACAUGGCACCGUUGAUUCGCUUGACCUGGUGUCCAAAUCUGCCCCCUGUCAGCGUUGCUGCAAUCCUGCCCCAUUUCAGAUCAGUGACCGCUGCUUUUGUUGACCUGGCCAUCAGUGACAACGUGGGUGGCCGGUGUGCGAGAACCAAUUUCAUUCAACCACGGGCGCGUUACAAAGCCAAAAGCUGCAGGUCCAAUUGUACCCUCUUGCCAAGACCUUGGCGCUACAGUGGGUGGAACUUUUCUUUCAUUCUCCGACAAAGAGGUCCUUUUGGGAAUGACCAUCACGGGCUCAAUUUUGAAGCCAUUCACAAAUGGAGACAUCCAUGUGGUUGCUGAAAAGCCGCUCUAUAAAAUGAUAUAGAGUGCACUAUCGUCCGAUGAUUUUUAACGGUGGUCCUAAUGACG